AAUUAAUGAAACUUACUGAGACGAAGGUUUAUUCAAAUAAUUUCACUAUGGAACCUGUCAAAGACUUCCCUAGAAUCACCUCAGUAGUUAGACUCAAAGUUAUGAUAAUCUUGGCAGUCUCAACUGUUACAUUUGGAAUUUGGUACAUGUGGGGUCUUAGCCUAAACGAAAUAGGUCAGUAUAUUUCAAACUACCAAAACCUAGCAAUAUGGAAUAUGGUUAAACAGCCUGUUUAUUAUCCGAACUUCAAAGUUUUCAGAAAUGACGUAAUGAUUGGGCGUCUUCUGUUAAAUAAAACCAAGAAACAUGAAAUUAUCAUCUACGGGCGGAUGUUGGCAGAUAUGAACAAAGAUGUAACAAAUUGUCCAGUGAACAAUUGUGUUAUUCAUACUGAUACAACUCGUUGGAUUCAAAGUGAUCUUAUUUUAAUUCCAAACAGACAAUUUCCUUCCGGAAAGCGUCCACAUCAACAGGCUUGGGUGGCAUUUGAGUAUGAAUCAGCACUCCAUACUCGACUUAGUGAUGAACUUAAUGAUAAAAUUAACUUCACUGCAUCAUAUCGAUUUGAUUCAACUAUUCGCACACCUUAUGGAAUGUAUACACCGAAUGAACCUAAAACAGACGACAUCAAUAAAACAAUCCAUUCGACAAAAUUGGAGAAUAUAGCGAAAGGAAAAGACAGAGCUGUUGCCUGGAUAGUGAGUAACUGUUAUCCUAGGAGUCCAAGAAAUGUUUAUGCAAAUGAACUGGCUAAAUAUAUUACAGUUGAUGUGUAUGGUCGAUGUGGUCGGAUGACCUGCUCUGGUUCGCAAUGUUUUGAUUUGGUACGGAAACAUUACAAGUUUUACCUGAGUUUUGAAAAUUCACUAUGUCAAGAUUAUAUAACAGAAAAGUUCUUCUUCAACGCACUAAUGAACAAUGCAUUACCCAUAGUUAUGGGUGCCUCGAUUGAGGAGUAUCAGAAGGUUUCACCACCUCAUUCUUUCAUUCAUGUGGAUCAAUUUGAGAAUCCGAAAGAACUGGCCAAAUAUCUGAAGUACCUUGAUAAAAAUGACACUGCAUACAACGAAUAUUUUGCUUGGCAUAAAAGGGGUGUUGUAACUGUAUGGUCGUUCAAGCCGGAGUGUGAAUUUUGCAUACUUGCAAAUGCUCUUCCUUACUUCGAGCCAACUAUACAUGAAAACUUUAUGUUUUGGUGGAAGGAUGGAUGUAAAAACAGAACAUUAAGAUGGAAUAAAGCAGUUUAAUUAUUUGUAAAGAAAAUGAAGGAAAUUUGAUGAUGAGUAGCCUAGAAUUAUUAAAGACGGUAUUUGUACAUAUAUCUCUUUCAGUUAACAUUUUAUUUUUCUACUUCUUCGAAGUGUAAUCCAUUAUAAGAUCACAGUAGAACGUUCUCUUUCAAUCUUCAUGUUUUUAAAUCUGACCUUCAAGAAGCCAUCGACUGCUUUAUUUUGAUGUAUCCUGUUUUCUUACUAGCGAGCAUACUUUUUCUGAAUUUCUAAUACUUCUAAUAGUGAAAUUAGUUAAAUAUUUAACUUUGUUCACUUCAAUCACGAAUGUAUAUAUGGUAAAAAAAAUUUCCUUCGCCUUUCUACGAUAAAUAGUUUUGAGUGAUUUCGCUAUAACCGAA